AAAAUUUCGCACGAAGUGGAAUAAGAAAAUCUCAAUAUGUUAUUGUAAAUGCCUCUACGGCUGGUCCUAGCACUUUGAGCUACCGUGCCGGGAGAAGGAGAAUAUGGAAGAAGACUUGGACGAUGUCGUUCCAUGUACAUCCCUCGCCGUUGAGUCUAUCCUUCGAGUCGGAACGGCCGGUGCAAUUUGGGGUUUGUGUACUGGUCCCUACGAUGCUCGUACACAGGGUCUUAAAGGCAUAGCUCGAGCUUAUUUUGUGGCAAACUCGGUUCGCGUAUUUGGGACUCAAUGUGGACUUGUAGCUGGAGUUUUCAGCAUUACUCACUGUGGCGUUAAGAAAUACAGGAGGCGCAACGAUUGGGUCAAUGGUUUGAUUGGGGGAGCUGCAGCAGGUGCAGUUGUUGCUGCUAGGACACGAAGUUGGCCGCAAGUGAUUGGGAUGGCCGGUUUGGUUUCUGUUUUCUGUGCUGCAGCUGACUAUUCUAGAACAUAAAGUGCAUUUGUUAUGAAUAUGACAGAAGAAUAUCUCAGGGUCAUAAGUAUCUCAGUAUACUCAACAAACAUAACUGUUUGCAGUUACAGUAUAUUUUGUUGUUUACAACAUGUAUAUGUACAUAUCUAUGUGUUUAGACUAGAGUAAUUUCAACCUUUUUUUCUCUUUGUAGCCUACACUCAAAAACAAUCUCGUACAUCACAAAAUGUUCUUCCUUGUACUCGAAGUAAUACAUGUUUCUCACAGUUGGAAUUUUUUUUUACAGAA